AUGAGCGGCAAUAUUGGAAUAGAUCCCCAGUGGGAAGAAGAUAGCAUUAGAGAGGACGCCCCAGAAGUCGAGAACGGUGGCCUGCCAGAAAUGAUACACAUACUGGAGUUCGAAAUGCCAUCCACGCUGGGAGUUGCGAGACGCGAAGGCAUGAUUUUCCCUGACGGUUCACCGAAUUUCGUCAAUCACGCACAGAUGUCCUCGUCUCUGCUAGAAGAACCAACUGAAUGGCGAGGACCCAGCCCUACUGCGCCGCCUAUAUCAAUGGAUGGCGCAAAUUCGGUGACAUCAAUGAGUCUUGGAUCUGGCUCUGAGCCUGUCAGCGAUGAGAGCAAUGCCAAUAAAUUUCCUGAUGAGGGGCACUUAAUCGGAAUCAAUAAACGAGACUCUCGCCUCCCUUCACCUGAACCCGUCCCAGAACCGAGUGAUAGCACGAACUCGGAAUCUUCUGUGCUGAUGAAUACUGACGAGAGAAAAUCUCGAUCUUGGAGAAAAAUAAAGGACAAGGACCUGGUCAACCAGGAUGAUGAAAUUACUCCAGCACCGCCUCUGUGGGACGAGGAGCCUAAUUAUAUUCCUCCGCCUCCGCGCCAGGCUAAUCCUGCACAAGGCGCGUUUAAUCCUGACCCGCAUGCACGAAAUACAAGGACAAUACGCCAGCGGAUUGCUUCUGCGAGACAGACCUUGAGGGAAGUUGUACAGGAGGAUAGAGAAUGGAUAAGAGGAGCUAUGGUCCGCAUUGGUAUUAGGUCUGAAGCUAACCCUGGCGAAAAUGAAUGUCCACCAGCUAGACUUCCAGAACCUGCGGCGGAGGAGUCGGUUCCCGAGAAGCUUUCUAGAGGAGCCAGAAUCAAGACGCGCAUCAUACCUUAUCUGAGCUUAAGGGGUGGCAGUGGGCGGCGCGGCAGUGUUUUUUUUCUAGGAGGGCAAUCAGAUGAUGAUGUUCCUUCAAUAGACCUGUCGCAAGGUGACACUCCUUCAGGAGAUCAAUCGCAGGACAACAAUCGCCAAAGAGAACAAUCGCAAGGCAGCACUCGUCCAAGGGAACAAUCGCAAGACAGCUCCUGUGUAAGAAGCCAAUUUCAAGACAACUCUCGUCCAUGGGAACAAUCGCAAAACAAUGCUCCUCAACGAGAAGAACGCCACAACUCUGGAUCCACGGCGGUUUCUAGCCGCCCGAGGCCGUUACUGUCACCAUCACAACAGUUGCGUCCUUCUUUUCACGAUCAAUCUCCAAGAGCGGAAGACCGCCAUCGUAGGUCCGAGAUUUCUGAGCAACCACCGCCACCAGAACUUCGGCAUUCUUUUCACGGGCAGCAAGAGCCCAUGAACCAGCCUCCUCCGAGAGGUCGGCCAUCAGAAUACACGCAUCCACUAGCUCGGCUCGCUGAGUACCAAAACCGUCAGCAAAAUAACCAGCAAGGCCAGCCUGCUGAUGCUGCGGGUCGUGGAAUGUAUGACAGGGACCCGUACCUGAGGCCCCCCUCUCGUCGCCGCGGGUACCGGCAAUAUGAUCAUCGUCCAGGUGGCGUGAGACACUACCGAGGUGUCAGUUCCGGGUCACUAGGAUCCAAUUCCGUGCGCAGUGAUGGGAGCCAGAGCGUGGGUCAGAGCGUGGGUCAGAGCGUGGGUCAGGACGGGGGCCAGGAUGCGAGACAACCCGAGAUGCAGAAUGCGAGCCAGAACGUGAGCCAGGAAGUGAGUCGGAAGAAGGGUCAGAUCGACGGUCAGAACGAUGAUCAGAACGUGAGCCAGAACGCAGGCCAGAACGCAGGCCAGAACGCAGAUCAGAACGCAAGCCCGAAUGAGGGUCAGCAUGAGGGUCUGGGCAUUCACCGAUGGGUCCCGGAGCACUUGCUUGAGGACUAUUUCAACGCGCGUGAUACCCGGCUGCAGAGGAGAAGGGACAGGCUAUCAACACUUAGCAAGGCAACAAGCAAGAAGGUUAAAGAGAAGAUGACGAAAUUUGCUACGCUAGGGAGGAGACCUAAAGAACUGGAGCCUGAACCUAUAGGGGGUGUUCUAGAGGAGCAUUUCACUCCAUCCCUCGCGGCGGCUCCUUCAGCGCCCCCGCCUAACCCUCUGCCCGUGCCCGUGGUUGCUUCUGCGCACUCGGGUGCUCCUGUGCCACUUCUCACUGAAGUGCCGAAUGCUGCGCCGGAGUCGGGGAUUAGGGUCCGCGAGAAGGCGUAUUCCACGAACAGUUUGACCCGCGGCUUCAAUAUAUGGCCGUUCAACAGGAAGAGGACUAAUUGACUUGGUAUUGGGCGUUUUUGAGUAUUAUUGGCCCCUGUUUGAGGAUGACUUGACUUGGUAUGGGAGCGUUUUUGAGUAUCAUUGGGCGCUUGUUUGAGGAUGGCGGGUUUUGGGUAAGUUAUAGAAGAAGAGAGUGGUAGUGGUUAUGGGGUGGUAUAGACUAAAAUUGGCGGUGGUAAUGAGUUAUCCCGCGUUACAAUAGGACUUUUGAGAAUCUGCCUGUGUGGAUUUUUCUAUGAUUUUCAUGUACUUUGUAAGUCAACUAUAGAUAGUACUAGAGCAUCUUUGCAUACGCCAAAC